AACAGGUAAAACAGUAUUUUUUAUAAUACAAUGUUUAGCGUAAAAUGUAUUCCCCUUGUAAUAUCCUAAAACUCGUUUGUAGGUUAGAGUAGUGCGAUAUAAUAUGCAGAACAACCCCCAGGAGCUUUCAUGGCAGGCGAUUCAGGCUAUUGUGGGGGUUAAACUCCCACCUAACGUGUUGCGUUUCGAUGAUAUUGGCUUCCAUUUAGUGAAUAAUUCGGUUUCGAGUGCUGAGGAUUCAGAUUCCGAUGUGGAAAUCGUCGAGAAUGGCUGGGAAUCUGACAACAACGUAUCCUCGAAACCAGAACACUCGGAUAACGAGAAGACGCCUUCGGACCGAGAACAGAGCGAAUCGCCCGUCCUGCGACUCGUGGAGCCCGACAGUAACAAUUCUGGAAAAGAACUACUAGACUAUAAAGACUUUUUAGUUAAAAUGGAUACCAAAGAUAUAACUGAUAAUGAUCGAGCGCCUCAGACAAACAACGAAGACGGUGACAGCUCCAAUGGGAAUGUUAUGUCUAUCGAGAAUUAUUUGGAGGUGACCCUAUCUACAGACUCGGAGGCUAGUCAUACAUGUAGCCGAUGUAACCAAAUGUUUACCAGUGAACAACUGCUAUCUUCACAUCAUUGCAUCGCCAAACCCACCGAAGAGAAGAAGUAUCCCUGUCAUGUUUGUACGGAAAAGUUUCCCAGCUACUGGGAGCUCAGGAAACAUAUAAACAGCCAUUUCCCUGGAAUGUUAGACUCAAAGUCCAGUUUUUGUCAUCUAUGUCAGAAGGAUUACACGAAAACAGGCUUCAUGAACCAUUUACGGAAGCAUACGGGUGAACGGCCCUUUGUAUGUGAGCUGUGCCAUAAAGCCUUCUCACAAUCCAGUUCACUGUCCAUACACAUGAAGUUCCACCUCAAUGUUCGAAAACAUGCUUGCACAGUAUGUGAAAAGAAAUUUGUAACUAAGAGUGAACUGUCCCGACACAUGACUGUGCAUACCAAGCAAAAGUCUUACUAUUGUGGUGUGUGUGACAAAGCCUUUACUCGGUCCGACAACAUGAAGAAACACGAGAAAACACAUGGAUAACUCAGACAUAGUCUGAACAUCUGUGAAAAGCAUCACUUGUGUAAUUUUAAUGAUUAAAUGAUAAAUUCUUUUGAAUGAGAAUCAGAUAAUGUGGUUAAUUCUGUUGUAAACAAUGUACCCUUAACUAAAUUCAGAUCUAAAUCUUGUCUGCCGAGAGGUUUAAGAAAUGGAGAACAACAGAUUUAGAUUUGUCAAUUUAGUUUAGUUUUGAGAUUGUGUACAACAGAAUGAGCCACAUGUGAAAGUAUUUGCGUGUGAAAAUAUGUGUGUGAUGCUUUUUACAUACAGUCUUGUUUCUAGUUCUCUGAUUGCCAAAAAUUUUAGUCAUACCUGUAAUUGUUAAUUAAAAUUUACAUUGUUUUAUACCAAAUUGAAAAUUUCACAGUCUAGUUUAUAGCUUAGUCAUUAUGUGUGUAAUGUGAGUGAGUAUACUCACUGUGUGCUGCUGUAGUUGCUUUUGAAUAAGGUUUUUAUAUAUUAUGCAGUUUAUAAUGCAUGUUUGGGAACCUUUAUUGUAUUUUAAAAUAUGCCUUUACAGGUGCUUUAAUAUAUUAUCAUUUAUCACACAUAUCUUGAUCCAAAGUUGCCUUUUUAGAUAUGAUAAAGUGAUAUUUAGCUUGUGGAUAUGGGUCAAAUGUCCAAUGAUUCUAUGAUAGCUACACUGUAGUGUUUAUAUAAGAUAAAAAGAAUGAAUAGUUCUUUGAAGUUGAGGCCUUUUAUAUAUCGGAAUGAACUGUCACAAACUAAAAUAUUGUUCCUGCUUCACUCGAGAGCUUUAAUAAAUAAUAUAUUUUUGUAAAUCUUUACUGCAAGGUCUUGUUUACCGAGUUGUAAAGUAAUCUUUGCCAAAUUUUAGAUAAGUGUUUGAAGUGAUUCUUAUUGAACUGUGUUGUAACCAAAGCAAUAAUUUUGUCUAAUGUGCCUAUUCUAUUUUACUAUUAAGUCAAUUCAAAACCAAAUAUAUCUUAGAUGUUAGAAAAUUCAUAGUAAUGAAAAUUACUAGACACACCAAAUUGGAUUUAUAGUCAAUAAUAAUGAUAACAUAUUUUUAUACUUAAAUGAUAGUUUAGCAUUUUAUUGAGGCACUAAUUAAAAUAAUUUCCUGUUACAAUGGUCUCAGAAUCAUAAUUUAGUUUAGCCAUCUUGAACAAUUAGAAUAGUUUAGUUAAGUACAUUAUAUCUAGCUUAAUUGAGAAGAUAAUUGGGACAAACAUCACAAAUGUUCUUCAGUGAAAUUAUAUUUAAAUAUUCAAAGUCAAUUAUUAUGUACAUAUUGUAUAUGUAUGUCUGUAAAGUGAUGACAAAGUCAAUUGUUUCAGAUGAUAAUGUAAUAUUUGUUGCACCUUAAGGCGCAAGGCACACCAGCAAAGCCGAAGCGCAGCAUCUCUUGAUAACAACUCAAACUAAGCUUUAUUUAUUUUGGCUUAAGGUUCGAUAUCCACCAGAGCGGAUGUGUCUAGCAGACUAAUCAGAUAACUGAUAGAUGAUGCGAAAAAAAUAUUACGUCAUUUAACAAUACUCUGAUUGGCCUGCUAAUCUCCACCCAUCUCUGCUCUGGUGGAUACUGGGCCUAACGGCGGCAGCGCGCGGCAAUCCCGAGCGCGGCGAGCGUCCUCAUUUUGUUUUCAGUAUACAAAUUUUAACGGUAUGUCAAAGUAUAUAAAGCUGACUUUAUGUUGUUGUUAAAAAGACGGUUCUACUCCACUCUGCCUGUUUGCGCUGGUCCUAAAACUUAUUCCAAAGAUAUAAAAUUGGCUAUCAAACCAAAGCUAUCUAUGUAGUGUUUCAAUUGUGCCACUUACUAUUUUAUUGGUAGUCAAUACCAUUUAUAAUUUAUAUUGACAUUUUAUAUUUAGUGUAAGGCAAUAAUUACAUUUUAAUAUAUUUAUUGUAUUUAAUAAUUAGAAAUUUAGUUGCAUGAAUAAUAAUUGUUCAUAGAAUUAAGGGUUUACAUUGAGCCAAAUGGAAAAUACACAAAAAUCUACAAGACUGACAAUAAUAUUCAGAGUAGAUAUAAUAACUCAUGCACAAAUGUAACAUUUAUUUAUUGAUGCCUUAACAGCAAGUUUUAAAUAUUUAUCAAAAGCACCUUGUUAUAAACUCAUCAUGACAAUUAGAAUAAGAUCAGUUUUAUUGAAUUAAACUGUUUUAUAGAAAGUGUAAUAAUUGUCGAUUUUAUUAAAGAGUUGUUUGUUGCAAA